UGUCCUCCCAUCAAUGAGCCUGUUGAUCAGGAAAGUCCACUCGACUGGUAAUGACACGCUUCACUGAUCGGACCAGGAGAAAAUAAAACUCCGAUUUCACCUCGGCUCCCAUUUAAGCAGCGCCUCGGCUCCCCCUCGGUCCACCUGGGACACCUGGACACCUGUUAGACGCCUAUUAGACACCUGUUGGACGCCUGGACACCUGCGAUGAUUCGGGCUGCCGCUCUCGUUGUGAUUUUUGUUUCCUGCGUUAAGUCGGAGGAUUACUGUUAUGAUGAGCCACACUGCGACCCUUACGCGUGGGGGGACAUGUUCCCGUCUUGUCACCCUCUCAUUGAAGAACACCACUCUCCCAUCAACCUGGACCACCGGAUGACCCGGAACCACUCCCUGGGACCUUUGCACCUGGAGGGCUUCGAUGAGACCCAAACGGGCCACUGGACCCUUAAAAACGACGGGCACUCGAUCGUGCUGCAGGUCGGCGGCGGCAUGUCUGUGAGCGGGGGCGGCCUUCCAGAUGUGUACCACACCGUCCAGAUGCACUUCCACUGGGGGGGCGUGGCCACCAACGGCUCGGAGCACACGGUGGACGGGCGCAGAUACCCAAUGGAGAUGCACGUGGUCAACAUGAAGUCCGUCCACCCCAACGUGACGGCGGCCUUGGCCGAUCCGACGGGGCUCGCCGUUCUCGGGUUCUUCGUCGACGUUGUCUACGCGGACAACGUGCACUUUGGACUCGUCUCACAGAAGCUGUCCUCCGUGGCCUACAAAGGCCAGGCGACUAAAAUCAAGCCGUUCCCGCUGGCGGACCUCCUGCCGAAGCGCAACAUGAGUCAGUUCUACCGCUACUCGGGCAGCCUCACCACGCCGCCGUGCGCCCGAGCGGUGGUGUGGACCCUGUACGAAGUUCCCAUCUACAUCUCGUGGACCCAACUGGCCCAGUUCACCUCGCAGAUCUUCUCCACGGAGGAGGACGCCGAGCAGGUGACCCCUCUGCAGAACAACUUCAGGCACGUGCACCCCACCUUCAGUCGAGUCGUCUCCGCGUCCAAAGACGCCGGAGUCCUCGCGGGGACGUCCGGUCGUCCCCUUGGGCCAGACGCGUCGCUGCAUCUGCUCCCGAUGGUUCUGCUGGGAAGCUUCUUGUCUGGACUUUAACGACGCGGCUGGAGAGAGACGGGUUCGCUACAAAAAGGCAUUUAGGUGAUGACCAGAGAAGUACAAACUGUGAAUGAAGUACUGUAAAAUGUUGAUGAAAAAUGUGCUGUGUAGGAUUAACUUGAUUAGUGCAACACUUUGAGUUGAGCAUUGAAGUGCAUUUGUGUACAUUGAUGACUGGCGACCAUUUUCACUCAGCUUGCUCUAGAAGAAAAGUUACAAACAUAUUUUUUUCUUUUAGGUUUGGGGCACAAAUAUUAAAAUGAAAAGUGAUGCAAAUAAAAUGUAUUAUAGGUAUUUCAUUUGAAGCAUGCAAUGAAAAUAUUUCAAUAAAAAGAAAAUGAUAACCUC